ACUCCACAGAAUUUUUUUAAAACGAAUCUUGCCUUGACAUUUUCUUAAAUUUUAAUCAAACCAUCUCGAGAUCUUAACCAAACCAACCCACCUCACACGACACACAACUCGCAAAGCAGUAGCAGAAGCGAAGAAGGCGAUAGUACAACAUACCACCGCGAGACGAUGCCGCCGCCGCGCCGCGCGGCGCUCGCCGCCGCCGCCGUGCUCCUCCUCCUCGUCGUCGCGGCCGCCACCGCGCAGGCCGUGGAGGUGGCGCCGUACUGCGUGGGCGAGCCGGGGGAGGAGUGCGUGGCCGGCGGCGGCGGCGAGGAGGCGGUGGCGGUGGCGGCGGCGGCGAGGAGGAGGCUGCAGGGCGGCGGGUACAUCAGCUACGACGCGAUGCGGCGCAACGCCGUGCCGUGCUCGUACCGCGGCGCGUCCUACUACAACUGCCGUCCCGGCGGCCAGGCCAACCCCUACACCCGCGGCUGCUCCGCCAUCACCCAGUGCAGAGGCUAGCUUAGCCACCUCGUCGCCGGCGGCCGGCUCAUGGCGCCAUUGGCGGCGGCGGCAUCAGUGAUUGUUCAGUUUCUUGCAAACAUUUUCUUCUUCUUCUCCUCUUCUUCGUUUAUACAUGUACUAUCUGAGAGUUGAGAUAAUUUGUUAGGUUGAGCUGAAAUCGGAGCAAGUUUUCUUGAUCCAUACUGAAUUCUUUUUCUCCUGUAAUUGGCAUUGGUAAUCCUGAUCCAUUUUGUGCAAAUGCUCAUAGCUAGCUAGCUACAACGAUCCAUGCAUGCA